AUGUCUAUCGCUCGAACUGCCACAAUUCGUGAGGCUGCGAAAAGCGAUCGCUCCAUGUCCAACAAUGAGAAGCGGCAGAUAGCUGAGGAGUUCAACGCCGCUAGGAGGGACCUUCAAGCUGCUUCUCAAGUGGCUAUGGCCACCGCGGCGCAAUCAACAUCCAUGUACCCUAGAAGUCUCUAG